UGCUGCUUCUGCUUCUGCUGCUGCUGCUGCUGCUGCUGCUGGGAGCCCACAGCAAACCCUCUGGCAGCCCCCCUCCCCAGACUGGGGGACUUUGCCAUUUGUGGGUGCUCUUGGAAUUGGGGGUCCCUCAGAAGCUUCGACUGGGGGGGGGUCCUUCCCUUUGAGGCUGCUUGUUUGGGGGUCCCUUGGAAGUCUGGACUGAGGCUCUUUCCCUUCAGAGCUGUUUCUUUGGGGUCCCUCAGAAGUCUGGACUGGGGGACCUUCAAUUUGAGGCUCUUAUUUGGGGUUCCCUCAGAAGGCUGGACUAAGGGCUCCUUCCCUUCAAGGUUCCUAUUUGGGGGGGAGGACCCUUGGAAGUCUGGACUGAGGCUCCUUCCUUUUCAGGCUUCUUGGAGGGUCCCUCAGAAGUCUGGACUGGGGGUCCUUCCCUUUGGGGCUGCUUUUUUGGGGUCCCUCAGAGGUCUGGACUGGGGGGGCUCCUUCCCUUCAAGGCUUCUGGAAUUGGGGGGUCCCUGAGAAGCCUGGUCUCCUUCCCUUCAGGGUUGUUCAUUUGGAGGCCCCUGGGAAGUCUGGACUGGGGCUCCUUCCCUUGGAGGCAUCUGGACUGGGGUCUCUUCUGAGGGGCGUCCGGCUGCCAGGGUCCCCCUGGGCUCCUUCUGAGGGCCAUGCAGAGGUUUCUUCAACAGCUCCCUGCUGGGGCGGCCAGCCUGGUCAAGUCCUCUCCGGGGCCACCUUCACCUUCGUCGGGGCUCCGCUCAGAGGAGGCCAAGAGCCCCGUCUUGGUCCCUGAUGGCGGCCAGCAAACCUGGUACAGCACCCUGGAAGGCGACGAGCUGAGACUCCUCAAGGCCCCUGACCAGGAAGGGGGGUCCCAGCCAGAGGGAAGCCCCGAAGGCAGCCCAGCCCAGCCACUACGACAUGAUGAUCUGAAGGAGAUGCUGGACAGUAACAAGGAUUCACUGAAGCUUGAGGCCAUGAAGAGGAUUGUGGCGAUGAUUGCCCGAGGGAAGAAUGCAUCUGAUCUGUUCCCAGCUGUAGUAAAGAAUGUGGCUUGCAAGAAUAUAGAGGUGAAGAAACUUGUAUAUGUCUAUCUGGUUCGAUAUGCAGAAGAACAGCAAGAUUUGGCCUUGCUCUCCAUCUCUACCUUCCAGAGAGGACUCAAGGAUCCCAACCAGCUGAUCCGAGCCAGUGCCCUCCGGGUCCUCUCCAGCAUCCGUGUGCCCAUCAUUGUGCCCAUCAUGAUGCUAGCCAUCAAGGAGGCAGCAUCAGAUAUGUCCCCAUAUGUGCGCAAAACAGCAGCUCAUGCCAUCCCCAAGCUGUACAGCCUUGACUCAGACCAGAAGGAUCAGUUAAUAGAGGUAAUUGAGAAGCUGCUAUCAGAUAAGACAACACUAGUGGCUGGCAGUGUAGUGAUGGCCUUUGAGGAAGUCUGCCCAGAACGCAUUGACCUCAUCCAUAAGAACUACCGAAAACUGUGCAACCUGCUGAUUGAUGUGGAGGAGUGGGGCCAGGUGGUGAUCAUCAACAUGCUAACACGCUAUGCCCGCACCCAAUUCCUCAGCCCCAACCAAAAUGAGUCUCUUCUGGAAGAGAGUGCAGAGAAAGCCUUUUAUGGAUCUGAAGAAGAAGACUCCAAGGAUGACAAGGCAGAACCAGCAUCCUUGGUGAAACGCACACCUUAUGUCAUGGACCCUGAUCACCGCCUACUCUUACGCAACACCAAACCUCUGCUGCAGAGCCGUAACGCUGCAGUUGUGAUGUCAGUUGCUCAGCUUUAUUUCCAUCUUGCCCCAAAAGCUGAAGUUGGAGUCAUUGCUAAGGCGCUAGUGCGACUCCUCAGAAGCCACAGUGAGGUGCAGUAUGUUGUGCUCCAGAAUGUGGCCACCAUGUCUAUUAAGCGUAGGGGCAUGUUUGAACCGUACCUGAAAAGCUUCUACAUCAGAUCAACUGACCCCACGCAGAUCAAGAUCCUCAAGCUGGAAGUUCUGACCAACCUUGCAAAUGAAACCAACAUUUCUACCAUCCUGCGUGAGUUCCAGACCUACAUCCGGAGCAUGGAUAAAGACUUUGUGGCAGCCACCAUUCAGGCCAUUGGUCGUUGUGCCACCAAUAUUGGCAAAGUGCGCGACACGUGCCUCAACGGCCUUGUCCAGCUGCUAUCCAACAGAGAUGAGCUUGUUGUGGCUGAAUCUGUGGUUGUCAUUAAAAAACUCCUCCAGAUGCAACCAUCUCAACAUAGUGAGAUCAUCAAACAUAUGGCAAAGCUAACCGACAACAUCCAGGUACCAAUGGCCCGAGCUAGUAUCUUAUGGCUGAUUGGUGAGUACUGUGAACAUGUUCCCAAGAUUGCCCCAGAUGUGCUGCGUAAGAUGGCCAAGUCCUUCACUAGUGAGGAAGACAUUGUGAAACUGCAAGUCAUCAACUUGGCUGCCAAGCUUUAUCUGACAAACUCCAAGCAGAGCAAACUGUUGACUCAGUAUGUGCUGAAUCUAGCCAAGUAUGACCAAAACUAUGACAUCCGGGAUCGUGCCCGCUUUAUCCGCCAGCUCAUUGUGCCCACUGAAAAGAGUGGUGCCCUCAGCAAGUAUGCCAAGAAGCUUUUCCUGGCACAGAAACCAGCCCCCAUCUUGGAGUCAUCUUUCAAAGACCGUGACCAUUUUCAACUGGGCUCUUUGUCACACCUCCUCAAUGCCAAGGCUGUCGGUUAUCAGGAGCUCCCCGACUGGCCCAGUGAAGCUCCAGACCCAUCUGUGCGCAAUGUGGAGGAAGAGUCAUUUGUACCUGUGGAAAGCCAUAUUGGGCUACUAGGCAAACCAAUAGAGGUCCCAGAAUGGACCAAGUGCACCAGCCGUGAGAAGAGGAAGGAGAAAGUGGAGAAACCAUUCUAUUCUGAUUCAGAGGGAGAGUCUGGGGCAACAGAAUCUGCUGAUAGUGAGCCCGAGACAAUGAGUGGGUCAGAAAGUGAGAGUGGGAGUGAAAGCGGCUCUGGUUCUGGCAGUGAAGAAGAGGAUGAGGACGAUGAGGACGAGGAAGAGAGUGAAGACCAGUCAGAAGAGAAGGAGGAGAAGAAAAAGAAGAGAAAGGAGACUCCAAGGAAAGGCUCACUGGAUAGUGCUGGGAGUGAGGCAGAGCAAGAAAAAGGCAAGAAAAAGCAGCCACUUCGGGAAGGGAAAAGGGGCUCAGAAUCCUCAUCUGAGGAGGGCAGCCUCACAGAGAGCAGCUCAUCAGAGUCUGAAUCUGGGUCCGAAGCAGAGGAAUCACCUGCAGAGAAGGAGGCAAAGAAGAAAAUGCCUCCCAGCAGCAAGCCAGCUACAAAAAUACCCAAGAAAGGACCAAAGGAAAUCUCCCUGCUGGAUCUGGAUGACUUUUCACCCCCUCAGCCCCAGCCGGUUGUCACCAGCCCCAUAGUUUCUACCAGCCUUGUGACUGACCUCGAGGGGCUCACAUUGACUGAUACUUCUUUAGCUGCUGCUAUGAUCAGUCCUGUCUUUGGGACUGUGAAGACAUAUGAGCUAUUGCAUCGCAUGACUGGGGAAGGGCUCUCAGUUGAGUAUUACUUUAGCCGGCAACCAUUUCCUCCUGACUCCCGUAUGGUGGCUGUGCAGAUCCAGAUCUCCAACAACACAGCUGCCGAGGUGAAAAACAUCCGCGUUAAUGAGCCCAAGCUGCUUUCAGGCAUGCGAGUUCAGGAGUUCAAAGAGAUCGAGACCCUACCACCUGGUGAAAUGGUCAGUGUAGUUAUGGGCAUAGACUUUUGUGACUCCACCCAGGCAGCCAGCUUCCAGUUGUGCACACAUACGCGACAGUUCUACGUGUCGAUCCAGCCCCCUGUGGGGGAACUCAUGGCUCCUGUGUUCAUGAGUGAGAAUGAGUUCAAGAAGGAGCAAGGAAAGUUAACAGGGAUGAGUGAGAUCACAGAGAAGCUGACUUUACCAGACAAAUGCCAGAGUGACCAUGUGAUUGUGCAACAAGUCACAGCUGCAGCAAAUGUUAGUCGUGUGCCCUGUGGUUCAGACAAGGAAUACCGGUUUGCUGCAAAGACAGUUAGCAGUGGAAGCCUCAUCCUCAUCACGCUGGAGAAGAAGACAGGCAACGUGGCACAUCUGACCAUCAACAGCGAGAAAAUGUUGAUUGGCACCAUGUUGGUGAAGGACAUUAUCCAUUCCUUAACACAGUGACGAGAUAGUUUCCCUGCCUGUCAUCUCACCCAUUUCAGACACCCAACCCUCUUCCCUUCAUGCCUCAGACACCUGUCUGUCUGUCUCUAAAUAAAGUGCAGUUUGAGGUUGACAGAGGGGGCUAAUAUGAAAACAUUCCCAGUAGCAAAUGAGGUGCAGCCUUCAAACAUGGAUAAAAGACAUUAGGUUAGCAUCAAAUUGGAGAUAUCUUAAGGUGCUGAAGGUUCCUGUGACUUUGACAUCCUUGGUGUCCAGUGGUCUCCCUUCCUCUAGCUUUUUGUUCUGUGGAUCUAUUUAUUAUGGACAAAAUGGUUCAAUAAAGAAAUCUUCCUUCAAUUGA